GGAGGAGUAGAGUAGCACUAGACCUGUUGACAAAGGAAAAGCUGAAACAAACAUCUAGCUAGUUCAAGGAGACAACGUGAUGAUUAUGUCAAUUACUGUGCAUAGAAAAGAAGAUUUCUUGCUAUAUAUCUGUUAUGAACAAGGUUUAUGUUUAUAGAGUAUAGACACAUACGCCGUUAAUGUCACCAAAGCUCAAACCCUCGCCCACCUCUUAACUUUUUAACCUGUGUUCCUUUCCCACUUCUUUUUCUCCAUAAUCUCAAACCCUAAUCAAAUCCAUCCCGGACCCCCCGAUCGAACUCAAACCUUUUGUCCUUCAAUCAUGGACUCCAUGAGGAAAAAAGAGAAGGAUCAACAUGGUGGCUGCACCACUCAGUUUUGUUUCUUCUGCGCAAUGAAAGAACCGGACUCCUUCAAGAGGAGAGCCACACUAGCAACCUGUUUCAAGCAAAUGCCUCUCAGAGACGACCAAGAAAAUGUUCUGGUGCUCAGCAGCCUCUGGCACGUUGCUAUGACUCACCCUGACGACCAUGAGUUCCCAAACCUCGGCAUCUUUGAGUGCAUGGCGAGACUAAUCCACAAAGGCAUCAAAGACCAGAAUAGUCGUUGGCUGCAAAAACACCAGAACAUAUACAUCCCUUACUACGCUGCUCAUGUCAUCGGUUCUUACACCAUGAACCGAGUUCACUUUGCUACAAUGGCAGCGGAGUCAGGAGUGAUACCUCCGCUGAUCGAGCUUCUAAGAGGGAAGAUGAGUUGGGUCGAGCAGCGCGUGGCCGUUAGAGCCCUCGGGCACCUGGCCAGCUACGAGAAGACUUUCAAGCUUGUCGCGGAUUAUGAAGAAGAGAUGGUGAGGUUAGCCAUGGAAGUAGCUUCUACAUGCGUUAAUGUGGUGUACGAUAGCUUUGUGGGAGUGAAGGAUAAGAGAAAAAGACCUAAGUACCACUGUGAUUUGUUAACAAGAGGUGUUGGAGGUUUAGAGAUGGAGAACUCCAAGGCUGAGGAAUGGGCUAGUCAGCUGCAGUGCUGGUCUCUCUACAUCUUAAACUGCUUUGCUUGCAAACAAAGGCCUCUGGCUAUGAAGCUUAUUUGCAAGCAAGAGUUUUUGAUAGAGUUGUGUAGGAUGUGGGGUGGGUUACUACUAGCUAACCAUGCUUCUCCAGCUGGGAUUGGACUGAUUAGAAUUUUGUGUUACAGUAAAUACGGGAGGAGAAAAGUAGCUGAAUCCAAAGAGGUCAUAGAGUGCUUGUGUAAUUUGUCAAGGUCUUCAGAUGAUUGGCAGUACAUGGGAAUUGAUUGUCUCUUGCUUCUACUCAAAGACAAAGAUACAAGGUACAAAGUUCUUGAUAUUUCUGCUUUGUUUCUCAUUGAUUUGGUGGAACUUAAAAGCCUUGGAGAUCAUAGAUCAAACUUAGGAGAAACAAUUGCGAAAGUACUUCUUCUCGAUUACAAGCAAAGAGAGAACGAAACGUUCGAUGAGCUAUGGAGUUUAAUAGAGAGGAGCAAGAAAGAGAGAGUCAUGUUGCCUGAAAUAUGGGAAGAAAGAAGGAUGUUGGUGGAUUUGAUAAAACAAGAAGCAAAUCAUCUGUUUUGUAAAGGGGAAGUAGAGGAAGCUGUAGUUAAGUACUCUGAGGCAUUAGCUUUGUGCCCAAUAAGCCUGAGGAAAGAGAGAAUGAUGUUGUAUAGCAAUAGAGCUCAGUGUGAAUUGCUGCUUAAGGAUCCAGAUUCCGCCAUUAGAGACACAACAAGAGCUCUUUGCUUGUCACGUCCAGCAAACUCUCAUGUGAAAAGUCUGUGGAGAAGAUCACAGGCUUAUGACAUGAAAGGGUUGACAAGAGAAAGCUUGAUGGACUCUGUCAUGUUCAUCAAUGGUUAUUGCAUCAAGUCUGAGAAGAGUAGUAGCCGGAGGGUUAACAUUCCGUACUAUGCAGCAAGCAGGAUGAUCAGCAAACAGAUGGACGCCACGUGGAUUUUCGCCACUGCUGCCCGGUCGGCCAUGGCGACUGGACAAGUGAAAAUGGUACAAGAAUCAUCAGAAAGUAACAAGGGUAACAAUGAAGGUGGCAAUCAGAAAAAGCAAGAAAACCAUGAAGAAAUGAUGAAGAUUCUGAUGGAGAACACAGGCUUGUCCACUAUUUUUGAAGAGCCAUAUUAUGGUAAAGGAGGAAAGUAGCAGAAGGAAGCAGGAAAGGGCAACAAGGAUGCAAUAAGAUGUGGUAUCUUCAAGUCAUUUUACGAUGGGGUGGCAAACUUGAUAGCGUUGAAUUAAGCUUGUUGAAUUAAGCUAGCGUUGCCCUAGCAUGGUACAUUUAAUAUCAUCGUUAACCGAAGAAAAACAACUAAAGAGUCGUUUUAUUUUUAUUUGUUUUCUCCCC